UUCAGAAUUAUCGGAGGAUGGACAGGAAGCUGGGCAUCUCAAUGCUUCCUAUUGGGAUCCAGAUCUACAAGUCCUUUGACCCACAACUGGUUCUAACCACAGAGCAUUUUACACAUCAUAAAACGAUUUUGGAUUCAGGAGCCUAUGUGGCCCAGAGAAGCAUAAACCUCCGCAGUAAACUUGCACUGGGACACUAUGUAAUCAUUCCAAGUACCUUUUCACCAGAUGCUGAUGGAGCGUUUAUGCUACGUAUAUUCACUGACAUUCCAAUUCAGUUUCAUCAGGGAUUCAACCUUGUAACAGAAGGAAUGGACUGAACUUCUGUUCGACCUAUGUGUUUUGACCAGCACACUUGUGACUGGAAGAGGAAGAAAAGAUUCUGCUGAUUAGUGAUAAAAUCAACUAGG